AUGGCCGCCACCAUCAACUCAUCCUCCUCUCCCUCCCCUUUGGGCCCAAACACUACCCAUUUCAUCAAACUUUCUGAAUCCAACUACUUGCUUUGGCUUCGCCAAAUCAAGCCUUUCCUUGUCGGCCAUGACCUGUGGCAAUAUAUUGAUGGGUCUAAUCCUCCCCCUGCUGCUACCACAACCACCACCUCCUCCAACCCCACUCCUGCUGCCACCGACACCACCAUCUCCUCUGACCCUCCUAAUUCCUCUUCUGUUACAGCCACCACUCGCACUCAACCCAAUCCUGCUUUCCUUGUCUGGUACAAACAGGACCAGCUUAUCGUUAGUUACCUCACCUCUACACUUUCCGAACCAGUUCUCGCCCUCACUGUCGGUUACGACACUUCCAAAGAAAUCUGGGAUUGUUUGCAAACUCACUUUGCCCAAAAGUCCAUUGCUAGUGCUGCCAAUCUUCGCUUCCAACUCCUUGAUAUGACAAAAGGCACCAAAUCCGUUGACCAAUACCUCAACCAGGCCAAAUCUCUUGCUGACUCCCUUGCCUCCAUCAACCAACCUGUCUCCAACGAUGAUUUGGUCACUGCCAUUCUUCGUGGCUUGGGUCCCGACUAUGCUAUGCUUAUUACUGCCAUCCUUAAUUUCCCUCCGCUGCCCAAUUUCACUGAGUUACGCUCUCGGCUUCUCUCGUUUGAGACCCAUGCCCCACGGUCUUCCUCUGACCCUGCUGCCCAGAGUACUGCCCUAAUGGCAGCCCAGUCAUCCGGGCCACCUCGUGGUGGAGCUGGCCUCUACCAAACCUCUCAUGUCUCCCGCGGCAAUGGUGGUAAUGGCCGCAAUGGCCGCAAUGGUGGCUGGAACCGCAAUAGCUCCCGUCGUGGUGAUCGUUGGAAUGCAUCCUCCCCUCAAUCCUCCUCUUGGCAGACAACUAGUUGGGCUCCCUGGACUGGGCCUCCACAACCCUCACCUGGUCGUGGCUUUAGCUCACGGCCCCCUUGGGCUAGCCAGGGUGUGUUGGGCCCUCCUCCUUCCAAUUGGUGUCCCACCUGCUCUACUACUCAACACACUGCUGCUGCUUGCCCCCAUCGCUACAAUGGGCCUGACUCAUUUCCAUCCUUUGCUGGCUCCCACACCAUUCACCCGCCUGACAACACAUGGUACCCUGAUACCGGAGCAACCCACCACAUGACUGGCAAUGGCAAUUCUCUCUCCAAUCCCCAAUCCUACAAUGGUAAUAAUUCCGUCCUCUUGGGUAAUGGAGACUCCCUUCCCAUCUCUCAUACUGGUAACAUACCCAUCUCUUUGGGGACUUCUAAACUCAACCUUAGAGAUGUCUUCCUUGUUCCUGCUCUUGACAAAAAUCUUAUGUCUGGCCCCUGUAAGGAUGGUCUAUACCCAAUGUCCUUCCCUUCUAUCCCUUCUACUCCUCGUGCUCUCGCUGCUGUCUCGUCUUCAGUGUGGCAUAAUCGUCUUGGUCAUCCCUCAUCUUCAGUACUAUCUAAAUUAAGCCCCUCUUUAGGCUCUACUUUUUCUUCGCAUUCUAAAUUUUGUAAGGGUUGUGCUCUUGGUAAAUCAACCCAAUUGCCUUUUUCUAUCAAUAAAAAUUCUGCCCCAUCUUUAUUUUACUUAAUUCACUCUGAUGUGUGGAUGUCUCCUGUUACUUCUGUUACCGGUUUUCGUUACUAUGUGCUCUUCACUGAUGAAUAUUCCCGCUACUCAUGGAUUUAUCCCAUGCGUCGUAAAUCCGAAGUAUUUUCUCAUUUUCAAAAAUUUGUGGCUAUGGUUAAAAACAUAUUUGGGACUUCUGUCAAAUAUCUCCAAAGUGAUAAUGGUACGGAAUACGUUAAUACUUCUUUCACCACUUUCUGUAAUUCCCUUGGUAUCCAACAAAGAUUUUCUUGUCCCCACACCCCUCAGCAAAACGGUCUUGCUGAACGCAAACAUCGCCACAUUGCCACCAUGACCCGUAUUCUCCUAAACACUUCUCACAUGCCUCUCAAUCUUUGGGUCGAAGCUGCUCUAACCUCCGUUCAUCUUAUUAAUCUCCUUCCUACUCCUAUCUUAAACUGGUCUACCCCUUACUCUGUUCUCUUCUCCAAACCUCCAACUUAUUCUCAUCUCCGUGUCUUUGGGUGUUCUUGUUUUCCUUUUCUUGGUCCUUAUGUUAAUCACAAGUUAUUGAGUCGUUCCUUGGAAUGUGUUUUCAUUGGCUAUAGCCUCCAUCACAAGGGUUAUCGUUGCCUUGACCCAUCCACAGGCCGUGUCUACACAUCUAGGCAUGUUAUUUUUAAUGAAGAUUGUUUUCCUUUUACUCAGUUGCAGGUAUCUUCCUCAUCCCCUUAUGUGGCGCUCGACCUUUCUCCACUUCCUACUGUACCGCUACCUCCACCACCCGUGGCCCACUUGCCCAUUGAUCCCGUGCAACCCCCACCUCUUGAUCCGGUUUCUCCAGGCCCAACUACCCAACCCACCCCCGUGGGCCCUAAUUCCUCUACAGCCCAGUCAGCCCCCGCUGACUCUACCUCCCAGUCAGCCUGUGUUGAUGCACCUGCAUCCCAGUCCGUCCUUAUUGACUCUAUAACCCAUGCGGAACAUGUGUCUACCUCAGCCCCCAUGGGUCCUAUUGAUCUCGCAGACCCCGCACCCUGUUCUAUUGCUGCAUUGCCUGACUCCCAUGUUGCAAUUGAGCCUAUGCCUCUUGUCGCAGCCAACCAGCCAGCACCUCACCCGAUGGUUACCCGAUCCCGCACUGGCACACUCCAUCCCAAAGUUCGCACUGAUGGGACAGUUAGGUAUCCUAUUUCUCAUGCUCUUUUAGCAGCUGUCACUGAUCAGGAACCGACUUGUUUUUCUCAGGCUCAGAAACAUGUUGAAUGGCGCGAUGCCAUGACUGAAGAAAUAAAUGCUCUACUUAAGAAUAAUACUUGGACUCUUGUUCCGUCUACCUCAUCUCAAAAUAUGGUCGGCUGUAAGUGGGUCUUUCGGAUCAAACGUACUUCUGAUGGUUGUAUUGAGCGCUACAAAGCCCGUCUUGUUGCCAAGGGUUUUCAUCAACAGCCGGGUAUCGACUACGCUGAAACCUUCAGCCCUGUUGUCAAACCUGCCACCAUCCGCACAGUUCUUACUAUUGCCAUCUCUCGGGGUUGGUCUCUCCGCCAACUCGACGUCAAAAAUGCAUUCCUCCAUGGCAUUCUCCACGAAGAUGUCUACAUGGCUCAACCACCAGGUUUUGUUGACCCCACUCGCCCUAAUUAUGUUUGUAAGCUUCACAAGGCCUUAUAUGGCCUCAAGCAGGCACCCCGUGCAUGGUUCCAUCGCAUAAGCUCAUUUCUUCUUUCCUUCGGCUUCCAACACAGCCAAUCUGACUCAUCCCUUUUUAUUUUUCGGCAUGCCUCUUAUGUCAUAUUUCUCUUGUUAUAUGUUGAUGACAUCGUGGUCACAGGAAAUGAUUCCAGGUUUCUUCACCACUUCAUCACUGCAUUGGGUCUUGCCUUUGAUAUUAAGGAUCUUGGUCCGCUUAAUUUCUUUCUGGGCCUCCAAGUUACAACCACAUCGGAUGGCCUUCAUAUCUCACAGCUGAAAUAUGCCCACGACCUACUGCAGCAUCAUGGCAUGCUCCACUGCAAACCUGCCAACACUCCACUGGCCGCCAAAGUUCCCUUGUCUGCUUCCGACGGAGUGCCCCUGGAGUCUCCUUCUGACUAUCGUGAGAUUGUUGGCAGUCUUCAAUACCUGACAUUAACUCGCCCGGACUUAUCCUUCGCGGUCAGCUCCGUUGCUCAGUUCAUGGCUGCCCCUCGCACCUCUCACCUUGUUGCUGCCAAGCGGAUCUUACGGUAUGUCAAAGGCACGCUCGACUUUGGUCUCUCUCUUAGCCCGCAACCUUCCACUGCUCGCCUCAGUGCCUACUCUGAUGCAGAUUGGGCUGGCUGUCCAGAUUCACGUCGGUCUACCAGUGGCUACCUCAUCUACUUGGGCUCCAAUUUAAUCUCAUGGUGUUCCAAAAAGCAACCCACUGUUGCCCGUUCAAGUGCAGAAUCCGAGUACCGCUCCCUUGCGCACUCAUGUGCUGAGACUACCUGGCUCUCCUACCUCCUCUCCGAACUUGGUGUUUCUCUCCACUUUCCUAUUCUCCUUCAUUGUGACAACCUGAGUACGACAUACAUGGCCGCAAACCCGGUCUUUCAUGCUCGGACGCGUCAUAUCGAGCUUGACUACCAUUUUGUGCGUGAAAAAGUAGCUCUUGGAAGCCACCAAGUUCGAUAUAUUCCCUCUAUUGAUCAGCCAGCUGAUCUUCUUACGAAGGCUCUCCACAAGCCACGUCAUGCUCUCUUAAGAUCCAAACUUGUCCAACCAGGGCUGUCCAGUUUGCGGGGGGGUGUCAAUCCAGCAAUCAAAGCCAUUAUUUCCUCCACUGAUGAAUCUCUAAAUGAUGCUGAUUGA